GAGGGUGAGUGGAAAUGGACUCACCACAGAGCAACGGUAAGGAUGAAGCUGUGUGUGUUGUUACUGCUGGCCCUGCCAGCUCUGUCCUCGGCUAGUCUGCCAGACAUCGUGCAGAAGAGCUUGCAGCACAGAAAAGUUUCCUUGCUGAACCCAGAACUGGAGGACCAGGUACCUGAACCAACUGGUAACUUAGUGGUCUCUGGCCCUCUCACUCCUGCUGACCUGGAGUCGCAGCAAGAUCUGCCUUCCUCCAUCAUCUUCGGUGAUAAUGUGAACCUGGAGUGGCUGACUUGGAAUGGGUCCCUGCCCAACGCAGCAGUUUCCAUCUACAAUGGCUACACGAAGCGCACUGACUACGUGUGCAAAUACAACUGCGAGGCUGGCUUCUACCACCCCAAUUUAGGCCCUUACUGCCGCUACCCCUAUGGAGACCGGGAGUAUUACGCUCCAGAGUUUGAGAUCCUUGCUAACAAAGACAACUUUGAGUUCCUGGAGUGGAAAGAGGGCUCAUAUGGUUCAGUGCCACAACACUCAGUGAGGACCUGCUCUGGAGUCGGCAUCUACGUUGGGAAGAACAAGUAUGGCCUCGGGAAGGUUGUUCCUCAGUUUGAGGCCUUCUUCUUGCCCUGGGAAGGUGAUGAGUAUUGGUAUAAGAACUACCAGGUCUUGACAAUCAACAGGGACGCCUACACCCAGCACAUCAGUGAUGUUAAGUAUGCCAUUGACGAGGUCGCCAUCUUCCAGUAUCCCCCUGAGACCAUGCGCAUCUCUGGGGUCACCAACAACGAGUGCCAGACAGUGGUGAAGACAGUCACCAUCUCAAAGACCUCUGAGGUGGAGACUACCUGGAACAUUGGCCGAGCUACCAUGCUGGGCAUCGCAGGCAGCAUCACGGCCAAGAUCCCCCUCAUCGGUUCUGGAGGCAUUGAGUUGGGUGGUGAGAAAACACUGCAGUUCUCCAGGGGAACCACCAUGGUUGAGAAACUCAGCCACUCCGUGUCCGUGGAGCUCACAGUCCCACCAAACCACUCCUGCAGAGUCCGCAUGGAGGGACGCAAACUCAAAGCCGACAUCCCCUAUACGGCUCGCCUAAGCCGAACCUACCGCAAUGGAGAGACGCAGUGGACAUCCAUCUCUGGGACCUAUGAUGGAGUCCAGAUCGGAGAGGUCCGGGCCGUAGUGGACCGCUGUGAACCUGUGACCGACGCCAAGCCAUGUCCAUAAAAGAAAUAUGACUAAAAUGUUUGUCACUAUAAAAGUAAUACCAGGAACAUGUUGUGUGGUGUGUGGUAAAUGGUUAAUGGCUGGUGUCUGAAAAAAAGAAAAUGGAAAUAAAAUAAUAUUAAACUCAAA